AUGACAAAUAAUACCAUCAGUAAUAAUAAUAAAGGUUACUUUGAUCAAUUAUCAAUCAAUCGAUGGGUAAAAUCUUCUUGUGAAAUACUUGAAAUAGCAAGAUUAGCUGGUCAUUUCAAGUUCGACGUUGGUUCACCAUUGAGUGAUUCAGGACCUAAUUUAAUAACAAAUACAAUUGUUCAUUUAUCAACAUCAUCUUUAGGAACAGGUUCUGAAUGUUUUCCAUUAUUGGGAUUUGCUUCAAAUGGAACAAUCAUUGCACAAGUUUUGAUUGACAAUAAUAUUGUUGUAGCACUUAAAGGUCCUACUUUACCAGUAUCAUCAUCAUGGAUAGAACAUGAAGUCAAACAAAUGAAUUGA